AUGGCACUAACGGGCGACCGGAUGGACGGGCGAGGGGCGCUCCCCGCUGCCCCGUACACCACGCAGCCCCCACUCCCCAUAUCAGUCCCCACUCUACACAACACAGCCCCCACUCCCCAUAACACAGUCCCCACACAACACAGCCCCCACCCACACAACACAGCCCCCACUCCCCACAACACAGCCCCCACCCCACACAACACAGCCCCCACUCCCCAACAGCCCCCAACCCCAGCAUCCCCAGCCCAAGAACCUUCACCUAUCUCCUCCGCGGCCGAGGCUGCCAUGAUCCCCGUCGGCAAGGAGAUCCGCCACCUUAUUUGGGCGUCGGAUCCUGCCUUGAGAGCAAUGCAGUCCUCCUUCCAGCUCUCCUGA